UGGGGUAUUGAGUGACUGAGAGGUCCGAGAAUGCAUAUAAAUAGGGGCAUAGGGCCAUUGUUUUGGAAGCAGAUCACGCAUUACCUACGACUUCUGCUAAUCAAUUGAUUGUCCUAUUACAUAUCAUCUCGUCGGUAUAGCAGAAAACAGCACUAUGGAUUACGGUAGCCGGCUUGCUCCUUUCGCUGUUAUCAUGCUCGCCUCUUCGGUAGUGAUGAUGGGAAUGAUGAAGACGGCAAGGGCAUCGUGUAACGGUCGGGAUGUGUGUUCGCCUUUCGAGAUGCCGCCAUGCGGCGAUGCGCUAGGGUGCCGGUGCAUUCCCUGGGGGCUAUUCAUUGGGCAGUGCAUAUACCCACUUGGGGACAAGUCGCUUGCGAAGAGGAUUGAAGAGCACCCGAACUUGUGCCAAUCUGAUGAGGAGUGCAUCAAGAAAGCCGGGAGUGGUGGUGGGCUCAACUUUUGCGCCCGCUACCCUAACCCCCAGAUUGACUAUGGCUGGUGCAUUAACAACAACACCGACGUUAGCUUUUCGAAUGCAGCGGCAGGUUUCUGGUGACCUGAUCCAUAUAUAUGGACCGCGCUCGCUUGCUAGCUAGCUACCUAUCUAUGUUAAUAAUAAUAAAAGUGCCGCGGCCGGGCCAUGAUAUGUGGCCCUGGCCCCGAGCAUGGGUGCAUUUAUCUGAAUCUAUCUUAGUUUGUACAAUAAGAAAUAAACCAAGCGGCCGGCCGGCUAGCUAAUUUAUAAGCUUAUGUUUAAAUUUGUUACUCGAUCCAUCUUUAUGCACGCAUGCAUCCGUCUCCUAGCAUGUUUGGCCG